ACCACUCUCAAGUGGUGGGUUACUUAUUCGCUGCAAAACGCGAGCCACAAACGAUCAUUUAAUUUGACACUAGAAAAUUUCCCAUUCAUUUCCCCCUUGUUGGGGAACACUAAACAACUAUUGUGAUUUCGUUUUUCCUGUUAUACUUUAUUAUAUUUCAUCAUGAUUAAGCUAAUGCUAGUAAUCUCGGUGCUAGUUGCGGUAUGGGCUAAACCAGAACCACCAGUGAAUUCCUAUUUACCACCAGGAGGAUCAAGGGGUGAUUUUGGUGGUAAUGCUGGUGGUGCUAGUAGACCUUCUGAUAGUUAUGGAGCUCCACCAUCGGGAAAUGGAUUUGGCGGACAGCCCUCGAAUUCGUAUGGACCUCCAGGAAAUAAUAAUGGACGAGGAGGUCAAAAUGGUGGUGGAGGUGGUGGUGGUAGACCGCCUUCAAAUAGUUAUGGACCUCCUGGAGGACAAGGAGGUGGUUUCAAUGGACAGGGAGGUUCGGGAGGAAGACCUUCAAGUAGCUAUGGACCUCCUGGAGCACAAGGAGGACAAGGUGGUGGAUUUGGUGGACAAGGAGGUCCAGGAGGUAGACCUUCAAGUAGCUAUGGACCUCCUGGAGCACAAGGAGGACAAGGUGGUGGAUUUGGUGGACAGGGAGGCCCAGGAGGUAGACCCUCUAGUAGUUAUGGACCUCCUGGAGGACAAGGUGGACAAGGAGACGGUUUUAAUGGACAGGGCGGUUCAGGAGGUAGACCUUCAAGUAGUUAUGGACCACCCGGAGCUGGUGGAAAUGGUGGUGGAUUUGGUCAAGGAAAUGGCUUUGGUGGACAAGGAGGCAACGGUGGUAGACCCUCGAGUAGUUAUGGACCACCUGGAGCACAAGGAGGACAAGGUGGUGGAUUUGGUGGACAAGGAGGCAACGGUGGUAGACCCUCUAGUAGUUAUGGUCCUCCUGGAGCACAAGGAGGACAGGGUGGUGGAUUUGGUCAAGGGAACGGUUUUGGUGGACAAGGAGGCAACGGUGGAAGACCUUCUAACAGUUAUGGACCACCCGGAGCUGGUGGAAAUGGUGGUGGAUUUGGAGGUAACGGAGGUCCAGGGCGUCCAUCUGAUUCUUAUGGUCCACCUGACAGUUAUGCACCUCCACCAUCUGGAGUUCAAGGUCAACCUGGCGGAGGAGGGGGUGGAUACGGUAGCGGUGGGUCUGGUGGAGAAGAAAAUAAUGAACCAGCGAAAUAUGAAUUUAAUUACGAAGUAAAUGAUCCUCAAACUGGUACAGAAUUCGGCCAAACAGAAAGCCGUGAUGGUGACAGAGCGCAGGGUAUGUUUAAUGUGUUAUUACCAGAUGGAAGGAAGCAAAUUGUUGAAUAUGAAGCCGAUCAAGAUGGAUUUAAGCCUCAAAUUAGAUAUGAAGGUGAAGCAAAUACUGGGGCUGGGGGUAGUGGUGGAGCUGGUGGAUAUCCAUCUGGUGGACCAAGUGGCCCAUCAGGUGGUCAAGGAGGUUAUCCAUCUGGAGGCCCAUCGGGAGGCCAAGGGGGUUAUCCUUCUGGUGGUCCAUCAGGAGGCCAAGGGGGUUAUCCUUCCGGUGGUCCAUCAGGUGGUCAAGGAGGAUUCGGAGGUGGAAGUGGCGGUAAUGGCGGAUACCCGUCAGGUGGUCCACCAAGUAGUCAAGGAGGAUAUCCAUCAGGUGGGCCAUCAGGUAGUCAGGGAGGAUUCGGAGGCGGAAAUGCACGUGGUUUUGGAGAUUCUGGUGGCAGUGGAAAUGAAGGUUACCCUUCUGGAAGACCUGGUAGUGGCAAUGGUUUUGGAGGCGGAGGUGGAAAUGGUUAUCCUUCGGGUAGUGGUGGUGAUGCUGCAGCAAAUGGUGGAUAUCAAUAUUGAUUUUUUCCAUACUUUGACAUUCAAAAUGUACUUUCAAAGUAGUAAAAUAGAAUGGAAUACGUUUUUCGAUCUCUAAUUUUAGUUUAGACACAAAUUACUGAUCUUAUUAAGUUACUCUCGCAGAAUGACAUCCACAAUUCUUUAAGAAAAUCGACAAUGAAGUAAACAACUCUUCUUCUUAUGAAUUAACAUUCUGAUAAUUCAUUUAAUCUACUGAUCUAUAAUAAUCAAAGUUUCAAAGUAAUGAAACUACACUUUCAAUUUGGCAUCAAAAGUUAUAAUUAAAAAGAAUGCUUUAAUUUAUAUAAAAUUGGUAAUAUAACUGAGUAUUUUAUAUUACGACUAAAUUCCAUUGCGCAGUAUUACCUUAUUUCGAAUUUCAUUAUUUCUUUUUCACUAUGUUAUCUAUAAGAUUCAUUUAUUUAAUACCUACUAAGUUCGUACUACAAUGUAUUUAUAUCAUCAGUUAUAUUACAAUUCACAUUGAUACAUAUGAUCCACAAUAAUUAUUAU